AACAUCUGAUAAUAUAUUGCUCUCCGUAACCGUUGUAGUAGGGAAGGCCGCUAUCUACUUGUGUUUCACGGCGUGGAGGGGGCGCUAUAAUAAGCCUGGAUACCCUCCACGUUACGUGCCUCGGGUGUCCAGACUAGGGGCAGUUCAUGUACCGCUACGGGCCUUCUAACAUCGUAUGCCAUGGUUUUCUACGCACUAUUCUGCCUGGCCUGUGUGCUGCCUGUCUCGGUCCUGGGUUACCCUUCACAAGCAGGGACAGAGGCCUGUCUGGAUCUCACUCCUCAACACGGGGCUACCGCCCAGGGUUCAACGUCACCUUACAUGCUGUCCGUAGAUGCAACCUCCGUCAAACAGGGCGGGAUGGUUACAGUAACUCUAAAUGCCACGACCGCCAGCGACACCUUCAACGGUUUCCUGGUCCAAGCCCGCUGUACCAAGUGUACCACUGCCGACACGGCCAUAGUGCCCGGGACAUUUGCCAAGUACACCGCCUCGGAUGAUACCAUUAAAACAAUGGACUGUGAAAAUGAUACCAUGAACUCCAUGAGUCACAACGGUAACGCUGCCAAGACGUCAGCUAAAUUCACCUGGAAAGCACCUGCUGAUUUCAAUGUGGCAGAGGGCAUUCAGUUCAGGGCAACAGUUGUCCAGGUCAAGGUGACCUGGUGGGCCGAUGUCACGUCGGAUGAGAUAACUGUGACAGCCAGCUCCACGUCUCAAGUUGCUCCAGUGCUGACCCUCGCCGUGGUUUCUUUCAUCGCUGUCUCCUCUUUGUUGCUGUAGUUAAUUAAAUGAAACUGACUUAGGUCAAUAUUGAUUGUUAUUCUAAUGAAAAAAUGUUCAAACUAUGUUUCCAUAUUGAUAUUAAGAAGUCUCAAUAUUGUGUGAGUAUAUGGUAAAUAUGACAAAGCAUUUCAAAUGUGACGGUUUGGUGUAGUAAUGAAAUAGCUGAAGUUUACACGUAUCCCUUUACCUAGACUGUGUUUCACUCAAUAUUUUCUACUAUUAGUUUGUUGACGUGUGUCAUAUGCUAUUAAAUAAUCCAACCAUUUCAA